AUGGCAACCGAAACCCGCACCGAGACAGAUAUCGCCGACUCCAUGGGCCGUGUCGGCAUCAGCCCUGAGAAUGGGGACGAAAACCGUCUCGGAUCGGAUGGAGAGCCAGCACCAAGAACUGAUGAAGAGUAUGCCCAGUCUCAACUCACUCUCCGUGCCAUUGUGUCCUCGAAAGAAGCCGGGGUCAUCAUAGGUAAAGCAGGAAAAAAUGUGGCGGACCUUCGAGAUGAGACUGGUGUCAAAGCCGGCGUUAGCAAGGUGGUGCAGGGUGUGCAUGAUCGUGUGCUCACGGUCACUGGCGGAUUAGAUUCCAUCUCGAAGGCAUACGCUAUUGUUGCCAAGGGUUUGCUGGAAGGUGCUCCACAGAUGGGGAUGGGUGGAGUCAUUUCUUCGAACGGAACACAUCCCAUUCGUCUGCUCAUCUCUCACCAUCAAAUGGGUACAAUCAUUGGUCGACAAGGGCUCAAGAUCAAGCAAAUCCAAGAUGCCUCCGGUGUCCGAAUGGUUGCCCAGAAAGAGAUGCUACCACAGUCAACCGAGCGAAUUGUUGAGGUUCAAGGCACGCCAGAUGGCAUUCAAAAGGCUACUUGGGAGAUUGGAAAAUGCUUGGUCGAUGACUGGCAACGCGGGACAGGGACUGUUCUCUACAACCCUGUCGUGAGAGCAGAGGCCGGUCGUGGAGGUCCUUUGGCCGGUGCUCCCGUCGGUGCACCGCCACCCUACAAUGGCAAUCGCUCGUUCAAUCGCACUGGUAACGGUGCCGACUUUAGCGAUAACAACGCUGGAGGCUCAUACAACCGCCGUUCAAACUCUGAUGCGGCAAAUCGUGGACCUCCUACUACGACAGAAGACGGCGAAGAGAUUCAGACGCAAAACAUCAGCAUUCCUUCCGACAUGGUCGGUUGCAUAAUUGGACGCGCUGGAAGCAAGAUUAGCGAAAUCAGAAAGAGUUCUGGUGCCCGCAUAUCCAUUGCCAAAGCCCCCCACGACGAGACCGGAGAGCGCAUGUUCACGAUCAUGGGCAGCGCCGCAGCCAAUGAAAAAGCUCUAUAUCUGCUUUAUGAGAACCUUGAGGCCGAGAAGAUGCGUAGAAGCCAACAGCCUCAGGACUAG